AUGAGACCCGCUAUUGCUUUCGUCUUAUUCUCUGUUUUCGUCCUUAAGGCUAUUACUACUUCACUUCAUCCUCGUGAAGUCUCAAAAGAAAUGGAAGAGUCUGCCUUGACCAAACGUUUUUACACUUCUACCACUUGUCCGCCCGGAGCUCAUUGCAUUCACCGUCGUUUUGUUGGAGAAAAGGUGGGAGUGCCUACAUUGGUUAAACGUGGUCACUCGGUUCUUGCUGAAAACCCCUAUGGGGGUUGGUCCAAAAAAUGGCUCCCAUGUCCGGAAGGGAAAAACUGCGUCAGCCGCCGUGAUGUUGCGCAAGAGCAGCAAGCAUCUACUUAG